UUUUGGCUUGUCAAUCGGAACCACGCAACAAUUUUCUCUUGAUUUUUGCCGUAAAUUUAAGUAAUUUCUUGAUGUAUUAUACGAAGAAACAUUGCUGUCGAUGCGCCACGUAAAGUUGCGUGAAGUCUAAGCUCGGAGUGCUCGAAAAUCGGUGUGAUAUUCGUUGUUCCGUCGCAGUGACCCGCGAACUCAUAACAUGCCUCUGUUGAAAAGAAAAGCGUUUGAGAAAUCCACGGCGUCCGGGUACUUGCGGGACGACGAUGAGGUCUUCCACUGCGAAAUCACCGACGAGAUCUUCAAGGACUAUGAAGAGUAUUGUGAGAGGAUCAUAUUGGUUAAUUCCAUGGUGUGGUCAUGUGAGAUGACAGGGAAGAACAACUUGACGUACGCAGAGGCACUGGAGAGUGAGAAAAAUGCAAGGAAGUCUCUCAGAGACUUUCCUAUGGAGCUCAGGAUCCCUAUUCUGUACUUGGCAUCAAAGACCAAGAAGAGUUCUUUUGCUGAAAUGUCAGAGGAUGUGUUCAACUAUGUGAGGGAGAGGUUCUUUGUGGGGGAGACGGUGGAAGCCUGCCUGGAGGGGGACUCGUGGCAGGAGGCACACAUCCUCUCCAUCACAGCGCAGAAACAGCCUCCGGGAAGUAAAGUAGUACUCCCCGGAUCGUCAUACUGCUACGAAGUGGAACAGUACCAGGAGGACAACCCGGCGGGCGGCAAGAUCGGCCUCGCGCCGCACGACCGCGUGCGCCGGCGCAAGGGAGUGUACUCCAGGGACAAGAACCGACUGUUCCUUAAGCAGUUUGUGGAACAGUCUCAAGGCAUCAUUGUUAUCAAGAAAUCUGCCCUAGAAAAGUACAACAUAAGCAAAGUAAACUUCGAGCAGAUAUUCAUCGGGACCCCGCCAGAGUUCUCUCCCUCCAAAAAGCUGCUCAAGUCUCCUCCGAGCAAGGCCGCGCCCAAGCCCGGCUCCGCCACCAAGCUCAAGGGCAAGAAGACCCCUGAUAAGAAGGGACAGCAGUCCAUGGACAAGUUUCUUAAGAAGACAGACAAAAAUGAAUCACCCAAACCAAAGACACCAUCAGACCCCAACGCCAAGAAGAACGCCCAAGAGCUGGCCGCAAAGAUGCGUCGCGCCGAAGAGGAGAUGCGACAGCGUAAGGAAGAGGAAAAGGCGAAGAAGAAGGCCUACCUCAAGGAGUGGCAGAAGGUUAAAGAAGAUCAAGAGCUGGAGGACCAUAAGAUAAUCCCCAAAGGCACCCCUAUAGACAUGGACGGUAUCCCACACGAGCAUUUCGGGGAUUUCUUAUCUGUGCUUGAAUUUGUGCACAUUCACGGCGAGACGCUCAAGGUGAAAGACACCCUCCACAACGGGCUGGACGUGGAGACAUUCCGCAAGGCGCUGACGCUGAAGCAGCACGCGGGCGUGUUCAGCGACCUGCUGCAGAUGCUGCUCUCCGCCAUCUUCCAGCUGCAGGAGGACGAGGCCGAGGACUACAACGAGAGCGGCGGCAUCCACGAGUCCACAGCGAGGCCACCGGCACUAUCCACAGGCAUGAACAAGGCAGUGGAUCUGGCUACAAAAGCUAGCAAGUGGUCUCAAACAUACCUCGGUACUCCGCUUAGCAAGCUGCAACUCGACCCUACCACAGUCACUGAAGUACUUAGGUUGCACCUGCUGUCGUCAGGCGCGGCGCCGGGCUCGCGUUGCGCCACGUGGCGCUACACCCAGCGCGGCGGCUACAGCAGCCACGACGACGCGGGCCUGCAGCUGCGUCUGCAGCAUCCGGAGUUACUCCGCACUCUGCUCACUAAGCAUGUUGCUGAUAUGUCACUGGGCGACAAGUUCCUCAUCCUGCAGUGUCUCAUGAACCAGAUAAUCAGCUACGGGACGGUGCGGGAUGUGAUCGAGGAGAAGUUGGACGAGAUGCGCAACACCAAGCAGGCUCUUAGGUCGUUGCACAUAAACGAGCGUCGUCGCGAAGCACAACUCCUCGCAUCUCGCCAAGAACUAAAAAAGGAGUACGCAGCCAAGAAAGCCGAGGAGAAACUGACCGGAGAAGCGGCUAAGGCUCAUGAUGAGGCUCUCAAGGCGGCCCUGGAGAAGAUGAAUAAGGAAAGUGAGGGGUUGAAAGCGGAGUAUGAGAAAAAGGUUAAGGAGUUGAAGGUUCAGCUGUUUGAUUACACAUCUUAUGUUGGUUCGGACCGCGCGUACCGCCGCUACUGGUUGAACCAGCACGUUGCUGGACUGUUCGUGGAAAAUGGCGCUGAAAGCCGGGGACCGUGCAGAGACAAGAUGGCCGACUUACAUAGAGAGCGAGCCGGCAGUGACAAAGAGAACGAAUCGGCAGCGAACUCCCGCGGCGGGUCACCUAAGAAGCCCCUCACGAACAUCAACGGGCUCUCCAACAAGCUCAGCGGACUUGAAGCUAGUCUCGCACAGGCGCAAGAACUUAUGCUGUGUACGGGUGAUCCUCCCACUUGUAACGUACAUGGAAAGGACGAAAACCGGCCCUUCUGGUGGGUGUACCACACUCCAGAGCAAAUCGAGGGCUUGAUCCAAUCGCUCAACAAGCGAGGCCUGAGGGAGAACGACUUACGGCAGAACCUCGAGUUAGAUAAGGACAACAUACUUGAAUACAUACAGAAGUGCCCGCUGCAUUUAUUGAAUCCUGCUGCUAAACCUCCGCCACCAGUACCAUCGACGCGGAUGCACAAAUUCCAGCCCUCACUCAAUGUACCUGACGACUGCACACUCUCUGAAGCCUUGGAACUGUCUCUCAGAGACCACAUCUUGGAGCUUGAAGAGAAGAUCUUCCACGGCUGCCUAGGAGUUCUCAAAGUUAAGGAUCGCGAAGCGUGGCGUGGAACCAUCAUGGUGCGCGGAUACGACAAGCAAGCCGACUACCUGUCGUGGGGACCCGAGCGGCGGUAUAGAGAUGACUACCACAUGCCUGGCGGCGUCACGGCGGUACCCACAGAUAACAAAACGGACAUCACAGCCAUACCUGAAAACAAAUACCGCGACCCCGGACACUGUCUAGAGCCUCGACCAAACGGCAUCAAAGUCGAACCGGGCGCUGCCGCUACAGCCUUGCAAACUACAGUUCGAGGGUUAGCGAGUGCGCUUCUGCAGGUGGAACAGGCCAUACACCACAAGUACAUCAAGAGACCACUGGGUCUCAGCGAUAAAGAGCGUAAAGAACGCGAAGCCAAAAACAAGCCUCUCGACAACGACACCCUCGAACGGUGGGAGGUCUCCCUCAUGGAGUGUCGCAGCUUCGCACAGAUCGUCCUGCACCUCUUCACACUCGACUCGAGCAUCACCUGGUCUGCUAGCAUACUGAAUGCGAGCUGUAGACUGUGUAGGAGGAAGACUGAUCCGGAUAAUAUGUUGCUCUGUGAUGGGUGUAAUAAGGGACAUCAUCUGUACUGCUUGAAGCCUAAACUCACGAAAGUACCUGACGGUGAUUGGUUCUGUGAGCAAUGUCGGCCGAAAGAGCGGACGCCGCGAAAACGAAGGAAAAUCAUCGAGGAACCUAUAAAUGAUGAUAGUGAGAGUAACAGCUCGGAGUCGGAAGGCGAGUUGGACUUGGGCCUGUGCGGCGCGUGCGGCAGCGGCGGGGAGCUCGCCGCCACGUGCCGCGCGUGCUCGGCGCGCUACCACGCCGAGUGCGUGGCCGCGCCGCCCUCGCGCCAGGCCAAGCGCUGGAUCUGCCGCGCCUGCCAGGCGCCGCCCUCUGCGCACGCCAACAACUCCAGGCAUAGAGAGCCGUCGAGCCGGCGCUGCGCCGCGGCGGCGCUCGACAAUAUCCACCACUACACGCGCAACCUCCACAGCCGCCGCAGCAGCGAGGAUUCGUACGACAGUGAAGACAACACAUCGCUAAUAUCACUGAAGAAGACACGAUCACGACAGAGCAAGGAAGCGUCGCCCCUCGUCAAUGGACAUACGCCCACUAACAACAGGAGAUCUCGCAAAUCGAAAGACGAUGUCAACACAAGCGCGAGCAAAAAAGCGAAAACACCUCUUACGAAUGGUGUUCACGAAGAAAAACAAGUGAACGGCAGAAAGCGAGGUAGCAAAGAAUCGUCUCUCCACACGGAGGGCUUGGAGCAGCUUCUCAAAGAGGUGCUCAAACACAAGGACUGCUGGCCGUUCUAUGACCCCGUCGACACGGAAAUGGUUCCUGACUACUUGGACGUCAUCAAGACCCCCAUGGAUUUCACGACGAUCAAAGAGAAGCUGUCUCGGGGCGAGUACGAGUCGGACGCGGCGCUGCUGGAUGACGCCGCGCUCGUGUUCCACAACUGCUACACGUACAAUAAGGAUAGCCAUCCUGUAGCCAAAGCGGGCGUCCGGCUCGAGCAGUACAUCCAGCGGCGCUGCGCCGAGCUGUCGCUGCCGCCGCUGCCGGAGCUGAGCCUGGAGGCGGCGGCGCCCCCCCCGGUGUCCGGCAACAAGAAGCCGCGCCUCAAGUGACCGCAGCCGCCGCGCCUGCGCGACUACCUGUGCUACUAGGCGGCCGACUCCCUGCUGUCUCUCGCAUAUCCUCUGGCCUAUGAGCUCCCGGUAUCCGCUUCUCAGAUUUGGUUCUGAUAUGGUCUUUUCGUAGAUAUUGAAAUAGAUAAGGGAACGCUAAGAUGCCUAAAGUACUGCCAAAUAUUGUAUUUUUAUAAUGAGGAAGCCCGUUGAUAUCGCUCCUACGAUCUGUGUCGAUGUGAAGUAAAAGCCAGAAAAAAAGUAUAGGUUUUAAAUGUGACAGCGGGCGGACGAUGGCGCCCCUUGCCAUCGUAAAAUGCUAGUUUGCUUCCUCGUUACGAAAGUUCUAUAAUUUGAGUUACAAUAUUUUUUAGUACUUUAUUCGUUGUCUUAUAGAAUCCUUAACGACCUGUCAGAAGAGCACUAUUUCAUUGUAAAUAGUAAUUUUAACACAUAAUUCUAUGCCAAGGAUUGGAGAAACACCAAAAAUGCAGUCUGUCCGCCCACUGAGGCUAGUGACAUUGUGAUUGAACUAUUUAUAAUUAGUGAAUGGUGAUCGGGACACGUGCGUCGUGUUAGAAAUCAAUAAAUGAUAGUGAUCAGAGAUCUAUCGUACAGUCAGUUUCAUAUUCAAUAC